UCAGUGACAUUAGCGAAGAUCCAUUUAUAACCUAAAAAAUCAAAGAGAAUUGGUAUUGCUGAAAAACUAUUGAAAUAACAUGAAUUAAACAUAUUAAAUUGGAGUCAUUAGUUCUUUUAAACCAUGACGAUCGUAGAAUAUGUGACUUCGCUGGCUCAGAACCCUUACUUCGGGGCAGGUUUCGGUUUGUUCGGCGUAGGAGCGAGUGCUGCAAUUUUACGGAAAGGAUUUCAAACUUCUAUGAUAUUAUUUCGACGGCACUGCAUGAUCACGCUGGAAGUACCAUGUAGAGACAAGUCUUACCAAUGGUUGCUGCAGUGGAUUACUCAGAAAGGCGCAAAACAGACGCAACAUUUAAGUGUAGAAACUUCAUUCCUCCAAAAGGAUACUGGACAAAUCAAAACUAAAUACGACUUUAUUCCCAGUGUAGGUCAGCAUUUUUUCAGAUAUCGUGGAGCCUGGAUCAAAGUAGACCGCACCAGGGAACAACACACUCUGGAUUUGCAUAUGGGUGUUCCUUGGGAGACUGUCACCUUGACAUCCUUUGGCAGCAAUAAGCAACUUUAUUAUGAUAUACUUGAAGAAGCUCGGACGAUGGCACUGAAGCAGCAUGAAGGCAUGACCAUCAUGUACACAGCGAUGGGGGCGGAGUGGCGCCCGUUCGGGCACCCGCGGCGCCGGCGCCCCCUGCACAGUGUGGUUCUGCGCGCGGGCCUGACUGACAGGAUCCUGGAAGAUUGUCUGGACUUCAUCAACCAUCCACAAUGGUAUACAGAAAGGGGGAUUCCUUACAGAAGAGGUUACCUACUGCACGGCCCUCCUGGUUGUGGAAAGUCGUCAUUCAUUAUGGCCUUAGCGGGAGAAUUGGAGUAUAACAUUUGUGUACUUAAUCUGUCUGAAAGGGGCCUUACUGAUGACAGACUGAACCAUCUACUCAGCGUAGCCCCACAACAGUCGAUCAUCCUCCUGGAGGACAUCGACGCAGCGUUCGCGUCCCGCGAGGACACGCCCUCGCAGAAGGCCGCGUACGACGGCCUCAACCGCGUCACGUUCAGCGGGCUGCUCAACUGCCUGGACGGCGUCGCGUCCACGGAGGCGAGGAUAGUCUUCAUGACCACUAACUAUUUAGAAAGAUUGGACCCCGCGCUUAUCAGGCCCGGCAGAGUCGAUAUGAAAGAGUACGUUGGCUACUGCGACCAGCAGCAAGUUGAACUCAUGUUUUUGAGGUUCUACAAAGGAGAAGGAGCUCCCGAGCAUGCGAGGAUAUUUGCCGAGAAUGUUAUGAGAAACAACAAGCAAGUCAGCCCUGCUCAGAUACAAGGCUACUUUAUGUUCCACAAGCAUUCGCCUCCAACCGAAGUGGUGAAAGAUUUCGAAUCGAUUUGGACCCUUGGAUAAAUAUGCAUACAGACUUCAUGCGCCCCCAUGCGCUUUGCCCGCAGUGAACCCACAGUUGAAUCGACAGAAAUUAGACCACUGGAAUCAAGACAGAUUCUAGUAAUUAGGUUAGACAUCGUUCUCGUAGUUGGAACAUCUUGUAAAAAUUAAAAAACGCACUGUUUUCAACCUCGUUAGAAGGGGAUUUUGCCAUAAUAUGUAUAUGAAGCAUAGCGCCGUAAGUAGCGUAUGAAAGAUUCUGGCCGAAGAAUUAGUCAUCAUUUUGAAUAUUUUAUAGAUAUCUUUUUGCGCUGUAGAUAUACAAUACAGCAGAAGUGAGAUAGAAGAAUGCGAACACAUUCGCAACAUUUUGGUGUAAACUAAAGUACCAUAAGUAGCAUUUAUUAUGUCGACUGUAUUUAGGAGCGUGUUUACACUAGAUUUUUUAGAAGAUCCGCUUGCCGGCCUUGUUGCACGGAGCAGAUCACCGGGUUAGCGAAAAAUAAUAUGAGCAACCCUAACUGGCGCGUGUUCUUAGCCAGUACCUGUACAAAGUAAUAUAAUAUAUAUUAACCCUUCGAGUCCCAAGCAUCUAUAUGUAUUUACUUAUAUUUACUGACAUCAUAUGAUGUCGCUGGGACUCGAAGGGUUAACUAUUUAUUAAUAAUAUGAUCUUAUAAAGUAAAUAAGGCGUUUCUAUGUAUCCUUGCCAGGAAGACUGUCCCUAAGUGUAUAUAGCAGUAACCAUCAGAUAUUUGGAGAGAUCAAGAUGUUUAGAAAUUAAACAAGGGUAGGACACAUAAAGCUAGAUCGAUUUUUCAUCCCCGAAAGCCCCCACGUAGCAAAUAUAAGCGAAAGCGUUAGAGCUGUUUCCCAGAUGACCGGUAUAUUCAAG